GGUGACGUCACAAGGGGCGGGGUUAGACAGAUAGGUAAGGCCUCAUCCAGCGGUUGUUUGUGUGCGCAGCAGCACAGGUGAUUGUCGGUUUCGGCGAGGAUAACAUGGGAAAACUCGAAGCGCUCGAAAUCGAGUUUGACGGCGACAAAGCUGUGUACACCCCGGGAGAGUCCAUUUCUGGGACGGUGACGGUCAAGCUGAACCAGUCGCUCCAAUGCAAAGCCAUCAAAGUGAACUGCAAUGGUUUCUGUGGCAUCACCAGCAAGAUAAAUGACACGGCAUGGACGACAGAGGAGCAGUACUUCAACAACACCGUCUCUGUUGCAGACAAAGGAACCUUGAAACAAGGCGAGCACCGGUUUACUUUCAAGUUUCUCAUACCAGCCACUGCCCCAACAUCUUUUGAUGGCAGCUACGGUAAAAUAAUUUAUAGAGUUCGGGCGUUUAUCGAAACGCCACGGUUUGCCAAGGACUACAGCGAAGAGAAGCCCUUCUACCUGCUGAGGCUUCUGAACCUGAAUGAACUGCCAGAUAUAUGGGGACCUUCCUCCUCUGCAGUAAGUCAACAGUUCACCUACAUGCUUAUGAAAACAGGGACAAUUGUCCUGAACGCCCAGACGGAUAUGAAGGGUUACACGCCAGGCCAGAUUAUCAAGGUGAUGGCCAACAUCCACAACCAGUCUACAAAGACCACAGGCCACAUAGCUGCUUCUCUGAUGCAGAGGGUGACCUAUGAGACAAAGAAGCCCACCCAUGACCUGAAGUCCAUAGUGGAGGUGGAAGGAGGUGCAGUAAAGGGUGGCAGAGAGCUGGAGUGGAAGGAGCAGAUCAUCAUUCCUCCUCUCCCCCAGUCCUCACUUGCUGGUUGUGAACUUAUAAAGAUUGAGUAUUAUGUCAAGGUCAGCCUGAAGUCUCCUGAGGUCACACUGACAUUACCAAUCCAUAUUGGAAAUGUGUCACUUGAUAAAAAACUCCGUCCAUCCAAAAAAGAAGGUCCUCCUUCCAAGAAGGAGCCAGUAGCCUCUGUGUCGACACCAGAUGGCCUGGCAUCUUCCUCCAUGCUGGCAUCGUCCCCUCAACCUGCUCCUAAACCUGCUCCCCGUCCAGCCCCGCGCUCCAGGAUGUCCUCCCACUGCUCCCCCAGUGCCCCCCCAGCUGAGUGCCACUCAGGAGCGGAAGGUGGGAACUUUAUGAAUGAAGACUUUCCCAACAAGCGGCAGUCCCAGGCGGUGUCACCCAAUGCAUUCAGCUAUGCUCCAGGCCUCUUUUUUCCUCAGAAUCAACAGCCUCAUGCUUCCGCCCCAGCUCCAAUUGGUUUUUCAUUUAGAGGGCCGACAGGGGCCUCAGCUUCUCACCCGUCUGGGACUGGUGCCAACCCAAUGGCAGCGCCGCCCAGUACCCUUCCGCCAGACUACGUCACCCUGGCUUAUCCACAAGAAGCUCCUCCUUCCUACAGUGAGAGCUUCAACACAUGAAGUUCACCAAGGAACCAAAACCAGGACAAUUGUAUGUGAAACGUUAAGCAUAGGACAUAUUUCCAAGGAUUAGACUCAACAAUACUUUGAAGUGACAGUGAACUGAUCUCAAACGCUGAACUUCUCAAGCCACAUCUUUCAGAAGUCAGAUUAACUUCUUGCGUUUGUAGAAUACAGAAAGAAAAUACUUUGACUUUCAUAUUUUUGUGAAAAAAAAAAUUGUUGUGGGUUAUUUAAAAUUUGUUCUGAUGCCGUCUGUGAGGUGGCGCUUAGUAGUUUAAUUUGAGAAAUUAAUCUCUUCUACUGUAGAACCUGAUGACAAACCAAACCUGUUGGAGGUUUAGUGUAUAUACUUUGAUUGUUUUUUGUUUUUAUCAUUAAUAUAUUCAUGUUGACAGUUUUAAGGAUAUAAAUGUUCAAUGACCUGCCCCUGCAAAGUUGUAAGUCUUCCUAUAAUUUAAAAUGAUAGAUUUAUCACUGUGAGUUCAACUUUUAUUUGGCCAUUACUGAUGUGUUUUCUAUUUUGUCAUUUAGAUUAGUGCAGAUAUAGGCUGUUGCUUUUCUGGUCCAUUCCAAGAAGGCUUUUAUUGUGUUGAAUGUCUUCCUACUGCUGCUGUUGUUUUUAAUACAUUUAAUAAACCAAAUGGGAUGUUG